GCACAAUAACCGCCUUUAUUCUGAAACCGGAUGUAGUUUAGCUAUGUAGCACACAGUGGUUAAUUGACGGAGAUUAAAUCCGCUGUUCACUUUCUGGUCAUUUUCCUCAUGAGCGACUUGAAACAGGCAGCCAGGUCAAGGCCCUGAGGGGGAAAUGACAAAGGAGGAUGUUCCGGAUCCUGUCGACGGAGACACUGUGCUGGGCUGGGCCUCCUCCCAUCAGCGGCCAGUUAUCCACCAGGUGGCCUCUGCACCCAUGCCCAGUGACUGCGAGUUCUCCUUCUUUGACCCCAGUGAGCCGCAGUGCAAGGAGGUUCUUCUGGAUCCCAGCACCACCAUACCGGAGCUGUUCGCUGUCCUCAGGCAGUGGGUGCCCCAGGUCCAGAAGAACAUCGACCUCAUCGGCAAUGAGAUCCUAAAGAGAGGCUGCGGGGUGAAUGAUCGAGACGGUCUGACGGAUAUGAGCCUCCUGCACUACUGCUGCAAGGCCGGGGCCCCGGGCAUCGGUGAUGCAGAAACAUCUGCCGGCUUUGCCCGCCAGCUCCUCGCUCUGGGCGCUGAUCCCAACCUCCGCUCACGCUGGACUAACAUGAGGGCCCUGCACUACGCUGCCUACUUCGACGUGCCCCAGCUGAUCCGGGUGGUGCUGCAGGCCUCCCAGCCUGGAGAGGUAGAUGCCACCUGUAGUGACUUCGACUUUGGCACUGCCCUGCACAUCGCUGCAUCCAACCUGUGCAUGUCAGCUGUCAAAUGUCUCCUGGAGCUGGGAGCCAACCCUGCUUUCAGAAAUGAAAAAGGGCAGUGCCCCGCAGACGUGGUGCCUGACCCCCUCGACAUGCCCUUGGAGAUGGCAGAUGCGGCCGUCGUGGCCCAAGAGCUCCGGACUUUGCUGAGACAGGCUUUACCCAGACCCAGCUCCCCUCUGAACCUCCCACUGCAAGCCCAGACCCUUCCCGUUCUCUCCGAUAAGGCCCGGAUACAGCUCGCCGCCAUGGGAAUCCGACUAGGCGACCGCGUGGUGAUAGCUGGACAGAAGGUUGGAAGCCUGCGUUUCUGCGGUAGCACCGAGUUCUCCGGAGGCCUCUGGGCCGGAGUGGAGCUGGACAAAGCGGAGGGGAAGAACGAUGGCUCGGUAGCAGGGGUUCAGUAUUUCACCUGUCGAAUCAAACACGGAAUCUUCGCUCCCCUCUCUAAGAUAAGCAAACCUUUGGAAAGACAUAAAACCAGCACCAGAAAAACGUCUACACCCAUACGCCCCCCUCGUCGCAUCGACGUGUCCCGCAUCACCCCCAAGGCAAACACAGGUUUAUCUCCAUCUGUCAAAAAACCCCAUGAUAACCAAAAAAGUCCACCUGGUCUCAAUCAGGGCACAGAGGGAGAUGCCUCAGUAACAAAGACAGGUGUUCUCUCCCGCUCUCUCUCCUCUUCGUCCUCUUCGCUGGACUCCCGGCACGGGCCAAGUGGCCGACCCCGUCCGCUGCCAAGGCAACGUCUUCCUGCCAGGCAGCGAAGGGAGCGUGCUUCUCUCAGUUCCAGGACCACGCCCUCACCGGCCCUCCGCUCUUCUCCUGACACCACUGCACUUACUACUGCAGGUGUUCGAAGCAGAACCCCCUCAGCUAGCAGCUCUGUGUGUGGGGGCCCUGAAGUCCGCCUGGGGGAGAGGGUGCUAGUGGUGGGCCAGAGGACUGGUGUAGUCCAAUUCUAUGGAAAGACCAGCUUUGCUCCAGGGCUCUGGUUGGGCAUCGAACUGGACAAGCCAAGUGGAAAGAAUGACGGAUCAGUGGGAGGAGUGAGGUACUUCCGCUGCCCACCUAAACACGGCGUCUUUGCUCCUCCGUCUCGUGUUCAAAGGAUCCAUGGAUCUGUCGAUUGCCUUUCGGAGCUCUCCUCCUCACGCCUCAGUCAUCCUUUCAGCGGGACGAUCCGUCGCAGCUUCAGCACAUCAACGGCCAUCGCCACGCCGAAGGAGACGAGCAGAAGAAGUCCCGUUACCAGGAGUCGUUCCAACCCUCACCGUCGGCGGUGGAGCACCCUCAGUGGUGUUACCGGGAGCACAGCAGGGUCCAGCCCCACGCCCGGCUCUGACGGACAGGUCUGCCUCCACGUGGGCAUACAGGUCCUGCUCAGCAGCGCUAAUGACAUGGCAUUCAUCCGUUACCUGGGCACAGCGGACUUUGCCCCGGGCCUUUGGCUGGGUCUGGAGCUCCGAAGCCCCAAGGGCAAGAACGACGGCUCCGUGGGCGGCCGACGUUACUUCACCUGCCGACCGGGCCACGGCGUACUGGUCCGGCCCAGCCGCGUCACCUACCGGGGCAUCAACGGUUCACAUUUGGUGAAUGAAAACGGCUAAGGACUGUAGGAACCAGAGGAAACUCUGUGAUGUUUUGACUUUCUGUUUAUGAUCUAUUCAAAGCAAAAGUUUUAGGUUUAAACUUUUUUGCAUUGCGCAUUAUUUCUCAUUCAUAUAGUAAGUCCUCUUCCAGGGUAAGUUACAAUAAAGAAAAUGCUUAUUAAUAGUUCAAAUUUAAACUGCAAGAUUUAGUUUUUAGAAAAAUGUAGGAGGCGAUGAAAGCACUUUAUAAAAUGAACUUUAAAUUCCUAUUAGAACUGGUCUUAAGGGGGAAAAAAAGUCUUAAUAAGACAUAAAAAACUGCACUACUUUUAAUCAGAUUGCACUGAGAAACGAUAUCAAUCGAUAUGAUAGAUCAGACCAAGAUAAAGUGGAUGGUAUGGAUGUGCACACAUGAAAGUGUUUCUAAUAAAGCUAAUUUUUGAUCACAUCCAGAAGAGAUUUUUAUCAGAUAAUUUAGGUGGUAAUGUAGCUGACUCUCAAACCAAAAGCGUGCAUGUGUUUGCGAUGGUGCGUGUCUGCGUGUGCAUGUGUGUAUUAAUUAAGAGCACUUUGAAACAAGAGAGAUGGAUUGAUUUUUCCCGGCUCAUCAUAUGGCUUACAGAUAAUUGAAAUUGAGUCAAAAUGGGAUCUUCACUUUAUGAAUCGAUGCAAAUUUAACAGGAUUUAAUUAAGCCGAGACCUCGAUCAACCUCCAUCAGAAGACCUGGGCAUCAACAGAAGUCGUUUCCUCCUAAGUACAUCAGUCUCUGCCAUAGGGACUCCCUAAAAACUUGGUAUUUUGUCCUGGGUCAAACAGAGUGUUGUGUGCAUGAUGCGCAUUCUCGUCUCGCAUUGGGUCGUCUUGUCAGUUUAUGGAUAAGAUGGCAAACCUGUAACCUGAAAAACCUUGCCUUAACCCCAAGAUUAAACCUACAGGCGACCUCGGGCCAAAUUGUGUGUUCAAACCGAAAUUAUUUUUUUUAUUAUAUUUUUUUUAUGCUUGUAUGAUUUACGAAGAUACACUUAGAGAUUUUUGCUCCUAGUGAUGUUACUGCUGGCACGGCUGCAACCGCAACUAGACUUCCCUGCAGAUUUUCAAAUGACUUUUACCUUAUGUUAGCUUGUUAACCGUCUGAGACCCACAAUAGACCCGUUUUUGUCAUUUUUCGGGAGAGUCAAAGGGUAUUUAGGGGGAGAUGGCAGGUCAACAGUAAAUGUCUCAUAGAAGUGUAUGUCAUCUGAAAGCUGGGAGAGUGUGUGAAAUUGUUGCCUCGUCAUGAAUCGGAAUUAAACGUGAAUGAAUGAUUUUAAAACUGUAAAAGCCCGAUUACCUGACCUGUCAUAGCUAUCACAAUAAUGUCACAUUUCAAAUUUUUACCUGAUAGCUUUUCAGUACAGUGCGGUGUCAUUACAUUUGUUGAAAUGUUUACCACAUUUCACAGCAGCGGUAUAAUCGCAUUUGAUGCUUAAUUAAAGCAGCUUGACACAGUAAAUAUGCAAUCAUCAAGAAGUUUCAAGGAUAGAGUUUGCUGUUUGAUUAGAGCCGUCUAGGCAACUCGGCAGGGAACAGGCCAUCGAUCGUGCAUGUGGAAAACAGGCCCGCUAUUCAGCAAAACACUCAUGUACCAUCCAAUUAAGGUGUGUAGGACACAACAAGAGCCGUAGAAUCUCCAAUGGCCUUCUCUCAUUGAUCUGUCUGGUCAGACCCCCCGUGAUUGAAAAGCAGCGGUGGUCAGAGCCCAAGGCUGUCUGAAAUAUCUGCCACAGAACUAACAGAUGAAAUGUUUUCCUGAAUUCCUGUUGAAACAUUUUGAUCAACAGGUCUUUCUUUAAAAAAUAGCCUCUCAUUUGCAUUAAGGCUGUCUCCAUGAUCAUUUCUGUGGCAUUUAUUAGUGUUCUACAUUACAAAUCUUUCAAUAAACUUCACAUAUUUUGGUGUAUCUGCAAACCCAAUUGUAUUACAGCAUGAGUGAUUUCAAAUUCCACUGAUGGGUAUGAAAGUCUUUUUGGCGCCGUGUUGUUGUUGGUAAUGGAUUUGUUUUUUCAUAAAAUUCCCGAUAUGUAUAUGUGAAGUGUGAGUGUGUGAGAAAGGGAUUUGGUCUGAUGCAUUUACAUGUUGUGGAAAAUAACAGCAUUUGUAAAAAACAAAAAGCAAAUAAAAGAUUCUAUUCUAAUUUGAA